GGCGCUUGUUGGCAACAGAGUAACGUCGCAACGACACUUUUUUUUUCAAUCCCAGUAAAAGAGUUUGAGCAGGAACAUAGUUGUGUAUAUGUAGCAGGGGGGUCCGGCUGCAUCUGGGGGGUGACGGCUGAUUUUCAGCACAUUUAUUUUAUUUUUUUCUAUUUUAUUUUCUCCUUGUUUUCCUUACUUCGAGCAAUCCAUUGCACGCGCGCGCACGCCGAUAUAUUUUGACGUAUAGAUUUUCGUAUAGACCAUGAACAAACUCUAUGUGGGGAAUCUGAGUCCUUCGGUGACCGUGGAGGACCUGAAGGAGCUCUUCAGCGAGAGGAAGCUUCCCGUGACCGACCAGGUCCUGCUCAAAUCCGGCUAUGCCUUCGUGGAUUUCCCCGACCAGAACUGGGCGAUUAAAGCCAUCGAGACUCUAUCCGGGAAAGUUGAAUUACAUGGGAAAGUCAUCGAGGUCGACUACUCUGUUCCUAAAAAACUAAGGAGUCGGAAGAUUCAGAUCCGGAACAUUCCUCCUCAUCUCCAGUGGGAGGUUUUGGACAGCCUGUUAGCAGAGUAUGGUACUGUAGAAAAUGUGGAACAAGUUAACACUGAUACAGAAACAGCAGUGGUGAAUGUGACAUACUCAACAAAAGAGGAGGCUAAAAUAGCUGUAGAAAAGUUAACAGGACAGACGUUUGAGGAUUACUCCUUUAAAGUGUCUUAUAUUUUGGAUAUGGAUGCUGCUCCACCCCUGCCUGCGACCCGAAAUCGUCGGGGUGGAAGGACAUCGCGGGAACAGGACUCCCAGCCCGGGACCUCUGGAGGCUCCCUGGGGCUCAGACAGAAACAGCCAGACUUCCCCCUGCGCAUGCUUGUGCCCACGCAGUUUGUGGGAGCCAUCAUUGGCAAAGAGGGUCUCACAAUCAAAAACAUAACCAAACAGACACAGUCUAAGGUGGACAUCCAUCGUAAGGAGAACGCGGGAGCAGCAGAGAAGCCCAUCACCAUCCACUCCACUCCUGAGGGCUGCUCCGCCGCAUGCCGUAUGAUCAUGGACAUCAUGCAGAAAGAGGCCGAUGACACGAAGGUAACUGAGGAUAUUCCUAUGAAGAUCCUGGCCCACAACAGUCUGGUCGGAAGACUGAUUGGGAAGGAGGGCAGGAACCUGAAGAAGAUUGAAGAAGAGACAGAGACCAAGAUAACCAUCUCCUCGUUACAGGAUUUAACUAUUUAUAACCCAGAGAGAACCAUAAUAGUGAAGGGGAGUAUCGAGGCCUGUUGUAGGGCUGAAGUGGAGAUCAUGAGGAAGCUGAGGGAAGCCUAUGAGAAUGAUAUUGCUGCUAUUAACCAACAAACCAACCUUAUCCCCGGGUUAAGCUUGAGUGCACUGGGCAUCUUUUCAACCGGUCUGUCAGUAUUGCCACCAGCUGCUGGGCCCAGAGGCGUCCCACCCGUACCCCCAACUGGCUACAAUCCUUUUCUUGGUCACUCAUCACAGCUGGGUGGGCUGUAUGGUGUGCCGCCUGCUAGUGCCGUCACUCACCAGCACACACAGGCUCCUGAACAGGAGGUGGUCUACCUCUUUAUCCCAACUCAGGCUGUCGGUGCUAUUAUUGGCAAGAAGGGCCAACAUAUUAAACAACUGGCACGAUUCGCAGGAGCCUCUAUUAAGAUUGCACCUGCAGAGAGUCCUGACGUCACUCAGAGGAUGGUCAUCAUCACUGGCCCGCCAGAAGCUCAGUUUAAGGCCCAGGGCAGAAUAUUUGGGAAGCUGAAAGAAGAGAAUUUUUUUACUGCAAAAGAGGAAGUGAAGCUGGAGACACAUAUAAAAGUGCCCUCUUCAGCAGCUGGGAGGGUCAUCGGGAAAGGUGGCAAAACGGUUAACGAGCUGCAGAACCUAACCAGUGCAGAGGUCAUAGUGCCACGGGACCAAACGCCAGACGAGAACGAUGAGGUCUUUGUCAAAAUCAGUGGGCAUUUCUUUGCCAGCCAGGUAAAUUAUACAUUAUAUAUCACUACAAAUGUGGACAGUGUUUGCUUUAAUAUUAAACCUUCUGCUGUUUUAUUCAAAAGGACUGAAAUUUACAGCUCUAGUAUGUACUGCUUUAGUGAUGGAUCUGAAUUCUGAAAACAUGCUACACUAUCCUAACCAGCAGCAAAUAAGUGUCUUUUUUCUUCCAUGUUAAUAUGAGGUUUUGUCCUAACCAGCCACUGCUGUCAAGAGCACUGCAUGAGAAGACGUAUAGUCGGCCACUUGGGCUUUAUUUUUCCAAGCUGGGCGGCCCCGUCUACAGUCAGAUCUCAUUGGUCCAAAAUUAUGCACACCUUAACUGUGACUAUGAUUUUGUCAUUUUGCACAACAUUGCAUUUCAACAUUGAUUUGAAAUCUGCAACAUCAAGUGUCAUACACUACCGUUCAAAAGUUUGGGGUUAGAAAAAUUCACAAAUAUUUCACAAAAAUAUUAAUCUGCACAACUGUUUUUAUCAUUGAUAAUAAGUAGGAAAUGAUUCUUGAGCAGCAGAUCAGUAUAUUAGAAUAAUUUCUGAAGGAUCAUGUGACACUGAAGACUGGAGUAAUGAUGCUGACAAUUCAGUUUUGCCAUCACAGGAAUAAAUAACAUUUCAAAAAAUAUUAAAAUAGAUAUAAAUUGUACUAAUAUUUCACAAUUUUACUUUUUUUUUUUUUUUUUUUAUACUGUAUUUUUGAUCAAAUAAAUGCAGCCUUUGUGAAAAGAAGAGACAUCUUCCAAAAAAAUCUUACCAACCCCAAACUUUUGAAUGUUAGUGUAUUUUACUUCAUUUUGUUCCUUGACCAUGUAAAAGCUAAAAGCUGUUGAAUUGGGUGUAAAUAAAAUCACCUCUUAUUGGUCAAUGACACAUUGCAGCAGUGUUGGGGGUAACACAUUACAAGUAAUGUGAGUUAUGUAAUCAGAUUACUUUUUUUCAAGUAACUAGUAAAGUAGUGCAUUACUUUUAAAUUUGCAACAAAAUUUGAGUUAUUUUUUCAAACAAGUAACGCAAGUUACUUUGUUUUCCCAUUUAUUGACUGACAGUUCUCCUGUCCCCAUGUUGAGAGAAAUCGGGAGUGAGUGCCAGAGGCGUUGUGUGCGCUGUGUGAACAUGAUGGUUAUUCUAAACUACUUCUAGACUAAAUGUGAGCGUACAUUUACUCAUUUACUUCUCCUGCAUCAUAUUCUUUAUUCAAGAAUGGCAGCACAGCUGAAAGGCUUGUUUGUUUGAACUGCGCCCUCUACUGUACAGGCAUGAAUUUGCAUUUCCUUCAGCCUGAGGCUUAUCCAUUUCACUUUUGGUGUGAAAGGGCCUGAACAUUUGCCAAAAAUAGAACUUUUUUUUGUUGUUAUAAAAACAAACAAACAAAUAGCCCAGCUCAGAUGAGAAGUAACGCAAAAGUAACAUAACACAUUACUUUCCAUAAAAAGUAACGAAAUCAGUUACUUUUUUGGGGAGUAAUGCAAAAUUGUAAUGCAUUACUUUUAAAAGUAACUUUCCCCAACCCUGCAGUGACAAAAACAUGAAAUCAUAUUGUCUUACAGUGCCACCUUCAAGCAGUCAUCUCUCUCCUACCAAACAUUUACCACUAUAAACAUGCUCUCCUCUGGUCCCACAGACUGCACAGAGGAAAAUCAGGGAGAUCAUCCAGCAGGUGAAGCAACAGGAGCAGAAGCACCAGCAAGGCGCCCCCGUGACACAUCGCUCCAAGUGACCAUCAGGGCAGCCCCAGCGGGCACCUGCCAAUGAAUGUAGCCCUCCCAACUGGAAUCAGACCAGACCGGAUGCAGGGGACCGGCCGGGCAGACCAGCAGCCGUGGGAUCAAAACCAAAGAACUUCUUUCUAGGGGAGAUGAAGGAGCCACAGGCAGAAGGGCUCUGAGUGCACUGCCAGCUUGGGGAGGGAGGGGGGAAGGAAGGAAGCGCAAGGAAGACAAGUGUUCUUUUUAUUGUUCAAACACACCCUGACUGAGAGAAGAAUAGGUAUAGGGCUUCUGUUAUCAGGAUGGGACACAUCACGAUCGCCCCAAGUAACAAUUUCUUUAGAAACUUCUUAAUUUAGGCUUAAUAUAGGGUUAACAAAGAUAAGACGCUCCAUUAACACGUGUACACUGAUGCAUUUUGAUUUGAGUUGUGUUGCUGUUUUGUUGGGUAGGAAAGUGUGGGUGUGCACUAGCAGUUGGCGACCCAUUUUUUUUUUUUUUUUUUUUAUUUUAUUUUUUUUUUAUAAUGCUCAGAUUGCGAUUUCAGUGAUCCUCAGCAGUAUUCUCACCAGUACACUAGAACAAAUAUACUGUUAUCUGAAGCAGAAGUACGAUUCUUGUUUUGCACAAGCCAUUGGGCGAGGAGUGCACAUAUGCGGUUGCGUGCACAUAUGCGGUUGCGUACGCAUAACAUUAUGUUUUUCAAAUUUCUUUGAUGUUGGGAACGAGAAUGUUGGGAAUUUUAAAGAACAGAACGUUUACUUAUAUCUUAGCCUGUUUGCAUUUCAGGACACAUCAUCCAACGCAACGGAUCCUUGUUACUUAAGCCUGCAGUGUGCCAACGGAUGCAGUUGAAACAUUUCUUACUGUGUAUAUCUUUCAUUUUUUAGCUUUUUGUUUUUAGUUUAUUCUUAUUUCUAUCCAGCUCUUACACUCCCUUUUUAUUUUAACGCCAGUUUUUUUGCGGCCUCUGCAUUUUGUCAUUUCAUUGCCUCCACAUUCUUGUGGCGGUAGUCAUCAUGAGACGGAGUAGGUAUGUAGUAGAUGUGGAUUAGGAGUCAACACCCCUUGUUUGCUUUAGGGGGUAUGAAAAGAAUAUAAAGCAAGCACCAGCGCCUGAAAGACAGCGCACCUUUACUGGCUUGGCAUCGGGCAGAAGCGAAAUCGAAUGUGCACCAAGAACUCUGCCUUAAUCUAUGCUGAAAGCAAACGAAAAUAUGAGCGACUCAAAAUGUGAUUGGAGGGUCAGGUUUAUUGUGGGACGAGGAGGCACCUGUGGUACACACACGACCGCGUUUGGCUUUAAAUCUCUUUGUCAGGGAGCUUUCUAAAUGGCAUGACAUCUGUGAAUGUACAAUAAGCAGCCUUUUAGAGAGAGCACCACCCUGUCAUGUUCAGUGAGCUGGUUGGUCAGCAAAAUUGU